AUGUCUAAUAAGUGUAAGCCUUAUUCACUGCUCUUGGUCUUUGAUGGAUUUAUAGUGAUGAAGAAUUGUUUGUUUCUUAUGUGCAAGUUUAGAGGUGUGACAUUGGUUAUCAAUCUACAAAGUGAAGAGGAUUUGGAGGUUAUGGUUGGAUUUGCACUUUCUUGUGAUAUUCAUCGUAUUGAUGUUUUUGUAAAGUGUUGUUCUAUGGGUGAAGGUUAUAUGAUUUGUGAUGGUGAAGCUAGUAGUGGAGUGGGACAAAGGUUUGCUCAAGGAGUUGUUGAAUUUCGAGAUGCGUUGUCAAAGUAUUCUAUUCAUUCCGGUUUUGAUUUUGAUUUUGUUAAGAAUGAUAAGGAUCGUGUCACUGUUCAUUUUAAACAUGCUAGGAUGACUUCAAGUAUGAUUGGUGGGCUAAUUUCAAGUGAUAUUCGUAAUAAGGCUUUGACAUCGGUUAAUGAGGUGGUUUGUGAUUUCAAGGACUAUUAUGGAACAAAAGUUUCUUAUCGGCGAGCUUGGAUGGGUGUUGAAAAAGCAAGGGGUCUUGUUUUUGGUGACUAUUCAUCAUCAUUUGACGAUCUUCGUUGGUAUGUUGAUGCCGCUAAUGAUUGUAAUCCGGGGAGUGUUUUUGAUAUGGAAUUUGAUGUUGAUAGUAAAGGAAGAUAUUUCAAAUGCUUGUUUUUCGCUUUUGAGGCAUGUAUUCAUGGUUUCAAGUAUUGUCGGCCUGUGUUGAUGCUUGAUGGAACUUUCUUGAAAGGAAGACACAAAAGUUGUUUAUUAGCUGCUACGGCAAAAGAUGAUAACCAAGGUUUAUAUCCGUUAUGUUUUGCCAUUGUUGAUAGUGAAAGUUAUGAUAGUUGGCAUUGGUUCUUGUCAAAGUUAUUUGUUAUUUUGACUCCGGGGAGGGAUAUUGCGUUUGUUACUGAUCGGCAUGGAGGUUUGCUGAAAGCUUUAGCUGAGGUCUUUCCGUUUUCUUCUCAUUCUUUUUGUCUAAUGCAUUUGAAGACAAACUUGAAGACUUAUUUGUCAGCGAAGAGUCGUGAAUCUGAAGAGUAUUUGCUUACUCUUUUUAGUAUAUGUGCAUAUGCUCCUACUAUUGAGUUGUUUAAUGAGCUAUUUGAAGAAUUUAAGGGUCGUUGUGGUCGUACUGUUGAGAAGUUUCUUGAGGAUUUGCCUAAUGAGUGUUGGUGUAACGCUUAUUUUCAAGGCAAGAGGUAUGGUGAAAUAUGCACAAAUGCUGUGGAAUCUUUAGAUUCAUGGAUUAGGGAUGAACGCCAUUUGUUUUCAACUAGUCUUGUUGAUGCUAUACGGGUGAAACUAAUGGAGCAAUUUUCAAGAAGGAGAGAAGUUAGGAAUAAGUGGAAUCAAAUUUAUGGUUUUGAACUAUACUGGUUGAUGAAAGUUGUUUUUGGGGAGAUCCCUUCAAGUAUCUUGGAGAUGGUUGGUUUUGAUGAGAAAACCUAG